UUUGGGAGCCCCUUACCCAAAUCAGGGUUCACAGGGCAGAGAGGAUCCCGGAUGAGCCUUGUUUCCUAGAACUCAGGAUUUGCAGUUGACGUGGAUAUGACAGGCAGAGUGAGGGCAGGACAGAACAGGGCUGGCGUCAGGUCUCCUCCCAGCUCUGUCACCAGGCAGCCCGUGUGAGCAUAAGCACAUCCUUCCGCUGUCCUGUUGGGCCCGAGUUUAAGCCAAGUCCUUUCUUCCUCACAGGAUCACUAUGGUAGGCAAACAGGAUCCUAUAGAAGGCAUUUUGUGAAGUGUCAACUGCUGUCUGAAUUGGGAUGUUGUUGUGCGAUGAAAUAAAGGAGCCCUUUGACUAUUCAGAUCAAAUGGUUUAUGACCCCCAGAGUUCUGUUGGUGCCACUUGGUCCCCAAGUGCUUACUCACCCAAGAGAGCUUCAGAAAUGUGGUCUGUGGCUCAAGACAUCCCCAAGCUGCAGAAACUAGGCAUCACCCACGUUCUGAAUGCUGCCGAGGGCAGGUCCUUCAUGCAUGUCAACACCAGUGCCAACUUCUACAAGGACUCCGGCAUCACCUACCUGGGCAUCAAGGCCAAUGACACACAGGAGUUCAACCUCAGCGCCUACUUUGAAAGGGCUGCAGACUUCAUUGACCAGGCCUUGGCUCAAAAGAACGGUCGCGUACUUGUCCACUGCCGAGAAGGCUACAGCCGCUCCCCGACCCUAGUUAUCGCGUACCUCAUGAUGCGUCAGAAGAUGGACGUCAAGUCUGCCCUGAGCAUCGUGAGGCAGAACCGCGAGAUCGGCCCCAACGACGGUUUCCUGGCCCAGCUGUGCCAGCUCAAUGACAGACUAGUCAAGGAGGGGAAGUUGAAACUCUAGGGCCCUCCCGCUGCCCCUCCUCUAGAGGCAGACAGGGGAGCCCCUGGGUGAGGCGUCCCAAGCCACCAUGUUUAGGAAACACAGUGUACCCUGCUCCUCGCAUCACCAGGCACUUGCCCACAAGUCUGUCCCAACACAGCCCUGGGCCACUUCCCCCCUGGGGAGCAUAUAAAGAAGCUUGCUAAGGAGGGCAGCCUUGCUCCCCCGUGUGUCCUGCACCUGCAGUUUAUGAUGUCCCCUCCCCGAGGUGGGGGCGCCAAGGGGGGAAGGCCUGUGGCAUGUGUACUUGUCCUGGAUGACCGAAGGCAGUUGGUCCGCGCAAAGUAUAAGGCUUGAGAUACCCACAGGGGUCCCUCCUGACCUCCCUUGCCCCCUGUAUCCCCCGCCACCCCCCACCCCUGCUCCUUGCCACCCACCCAUGGGUCCUCCCCUGAGCAAGGACCUUAGUACCUCAAGCCCUGUAAGGAAACUAUGCAAACGCAGGCCCCUCUCUGCCACUCCCUCCUCCAUGCCCGUCUCCCCCUGCCCCUCCCAGCCUUCCGCACCUUGCUCAUAUGCAGAGGCGCAUCGUGAGGUCUGAAGCUGGCCUGGAGACACCAUCGGUUGUCAGCAGAUGGACAUUCCCACGAAGAGACUGCGUUUUAAUUAUUUCCUUGGGAUUAACGAUGCCUGAACAAAGAGGCCCUCGGCUGCGCAACCAGACUCCCCUAUGUCACUAGUUUUUAAGAUGCGAGGCUUUGGAAAGGCUUGCAUCAGGAUCCGCUGCUCUGGAAUAUUCCCCCCACCGGACUGCUCUCGGUCGCUGGGUCUAUUAGAAGAGCGAUGCCGUGGGCAUGGUUUUUAUCCUAUUUUAUUUCAUUAUUUUAAUUUUAUUUUUUUAGAAAACGGAGAGCUGACGUUUCCAGCCUAUUUCAAAACCCCACCAGGGGAAGAAUGACAAAGGGCUUGUCCUGAACGACAGCGUUGGCGGGCUCCAGCCACCCGUGCCAACUGCCGUUUUGUCUCGGUGGCUGUUCUAAGGGCAGGAGGAGGAAGCUGGCCAAUUACAGUGCGGGUGUGUGGGCGUGUCCGUGUGUGUGUGUGUGUGUGUGUGUGUGUGUGUGUGUGUGUGUCUUUCAGAAACAGGCGGAGAAUGGCUUCUCACCCACCAUGCCCACUUCUAGGGGGUUCUUAACAGCUCUGGGGUGCCAGGAACAGCCUCCGGGGCCCCGGGAGCAAAAAUGACUCAGCCCGGCAGAAAUGAAACACGGCAGCGCAUCCAAAGGGAGCCUUGGCUGUCGGGAGAGCAAACACCGAACAUUCUGUAGGACUCUAGGGAUGACGGCGGAACGUUCUGACUCUUCCACGCAUGCGCAUACCUGUCAGAUUAUAGGAGUUUUGUGUUGGACGCGGGCUUGUUAGGACUUCCAGUGACUGUCACCUUGGAAAGUGAGGCAUUCCUGUCUCUUCUGGUUCCAUAACCAGUUGAGAGGUGGCCCUCAGCUACACCCAGCUCCUAGCACGCAGACGUCUAUACAAGUUCGUGGAAUUAAACUUUCUUUUUUUUUUGAGCACCAGAUGUAUGCAGGGUGUUCUGGUGGGCGUAGCAAGCUCCCAGAAGCCCGAAGGGAAAAAUCCAGGACUUCUGUUGAGUAGUUAAAAUUCAGUUUUACAUUUGAAUUCCAUCAGUGUUAAGCUGUCCACGUAGGGAAUGUGCCUUUUUCAGAGACAGACAAGGAGAGACAAGGCCAGACAGGGAGAAGUAGGCCACCACAGGGCCUCACGGCAUCUGACCUCUAGUGAGUGCUGCAUGGUCCCUUUUCUCUGUGACCACAGUUACCCUGGGCAAACUAGGGUCUAUUGUCUUUUCCAGAUACCGGACUGCCCACAUAGACCCACCUAAGUGAAACGGCCAUCCUCUCUAACCUGUGUACCUCACUUCACAGUUUGCAGAGAACUGUCCCACGUAAUCUAACAUGAUCCUCUCGAUAACCCCGUCAAGUCGGUAGAGUUUGUUCCUGUGUGGUUACCUUUUGAGAAAAAGGAGCUGGGUUUGGACUGCUGGAGGGCAUGGACCCAGGCCCUCCCAGGCUCUAAGGCAGAGCCAAGGCAAGACUUCAGGUUUGCUGUUCCCUGAAGCUGAAUUCUUUGCCUCAUGCUACACUCCCCUUCCAGACAGGAGCCCCCCUGGGUACCCUGAACAUGCCCUUGACCCAUGCUGUGUGCACGAGAGCCAGUUAGUGCUCUGGGUGCACAGAAUACGAUGAUUCAAGCUGUCUGCAUGAGGGUGGGAGGGGGUUGGGGUACACACCCAUCCGUGCACCAGGAAAAGGGAAGUCCCCCCAUCCGGUUAGAACGCAUGGAUCUUCCUCCGGGAAAUGUGUAGCAUCCCUAAGUUGGAGCUUUCUGCUCCGCUUCUGGAAGAGGCUCUGGGGCUGGGGGGCCAGGGCUCCCCUCCCCCGCAGGACAGCCACAGCUCCUUAGGCUGGAUAACCAGUCCUCCUGAAGGCCUUUUUGUCUGGCCCAAGGGGCCAUUGAGAGAAUUACUGCCUUUACUCCGGGGCUACUUCUAUGCUGAGAAUGUGGGAUUUCUUGGUAGUCUUUAGUCCCAGAAACCCCGUACUUCCUUCACGAGAUUUAGCUCCUAAUUUUUGAGUAAACUAAAAUUCUAUUGUGUAAGAGCCAGCAUAUGCCCAGCUGUGAGUGGAAGCUGUUUCUGGACAGCUCUCCACCCCUGGGAAAUGAUGGAAUAGGAACUCAGGGUGCCCGUACCCUCUCCCCUGACCUGAUCCCUUUCUCUGACUAGCAGACCCUCGCUUAGGUCAAAUUAGAGCACCAGAUAGUUUUCUUCUCAAAUUUAAAGCAGUACACUUUCCGCAGGCUGGUCUGUUUCCCUGCCACUCUGAGUUAUCUGGAGAGCAGAAAUCUGUCACCCAUCUGUCAAACAAGGGGGCUCAUCUAGAAGACCUCUAAGGUCCCUUUGGCUGACACUGGAGGGGUCCCUGAGAACCCCACCCCCUGGAAUUUACCACCCCCAGGAAAUGAUAGGGUAUGUAAUCCUCUGACGACCAGCAGGUGGCGCUGUGUUCCAUCCCAUGGUGAUGGAUGGUUUGAAAAGGGAAGUUGGUGCCUUCCCUGUCACAAGUUAAUGUUAAGAUGCUAAUGUUUUAAUUAAAAUAAGCACUGAUCUUAUAAUAUGAAGAUACAAGCUUUCCUCGCAGGAAAUUUUCUGUCUUCAAACCGGCGUCAGGAAUCACUGAGGAGCCAACAGUGUUGGUCUUUCCAAGUCAAGAUUUUAUCCUGAUUGAAAAUAGAAAGCCUCUCCGGUUGAGAGAGCACAUCCUUCGGAAGCUUAACUUAACCUCUUGUCAGCUUUGAGGGUGAUUCGAUUGUGACAGCGUGAAUUUCCUGGGCAGAAAAGGGGAAGGUCUUCAAUUGGUUUUAAAGGAAAAUAAGCUUAACGUCUGUUGUAUCACAAAUCAGUGUUAAAACACUAACUGUAACCAAAAUAAAUGUCUUACAUUACAUAGAAA